AGCAGCCCAGCCGCAGUGUGUGCGCCCGGUUUGUGUCAACUUGACGAGUCGAGAUGGCAAAUGUGUUGAGAAAUUCCGCCAAAUUCGGGUUUUCAGGUGUGUUGUCCCAGUUGUCCAUCCACAGUAGACAUGGGAGAGAGUGUGUGUCGCCGUGCUUCUCUCUGCAGCAGAGGAACAACUCUACCUCACCUAAGAUCAAGGUGGACCUGGACAGCAGUACAGGUGUAGCAGUGUUGAGGAUGCAGAGUCCCCCUGUCAACAGUCUGAGUCUGGACUUCCUCACUGAGUUCUGUAUCAACCUGGAGAAACUAGAGAUGGACAGGAGUUGUAGAGGUCUGAUCAUCACCUCGACCCUCUCCAAGGUGUUCUCUGCAGGGCUAGACAUCAUGGAGAUGUAUGGGAAAAGUCCGGAGCGCUGUGGAGAGUUCUGGAAGGCUGUUCAGGAGAUGUGGCUCAAACUCUACGGAUCCAACAUGGCUACCAUAGCUGCCAUCAACGGUUCUAGUCCAGCAGGCGGCUGUCUCAUGUCUCUUGGAUGUGACUAUAGGAUCAUGGCUGAUAACCCUCGCUACAGCAUCGGACUCAACGAGACUCAGCUCGGCAUCGUAGCUCCCUUCUGGUUUAAGGACACGCUGGUGAACACGGUUGGUAACCGGGCAGCAGAGCUGUCGUUGGAGCUGGGUCUGUUGUACAGCGCUCCUGAUGCCCUGAAGAUCGGCCUGGUGGACCAGUUAGUACCUGAGGACCAGGUCCUCUCCACUGCACAGGACACCAUGUCCAAGUGGCUGGCUGUACCAGACCAUGCCAGACAGAUCACCAAGUCCAUGAUGAGGAAACCGACCAUUGACAAGCUGCUGUCUAACAGGGAAGCUGACAUCACCAACUUUGUGAGCUUCAUCACUAAAGACUCCAUCCAGAAGUCCCUUCGCAUGUACCUGGAGAUGCUCAAGAGUAGAAAGGCCUAGUCUGGGGCCCGAACGGCUCCCCGAUCCCCUUUAGGGCUUCUAACGGCUCCCCUUUAGGGCUUCUAACGUCUCCCUGGUUCCCUUUAGGGCUUCUAACGGCUCCCCUUUAGGGCUUCUAACGGCUCCCCUUUAGGGCUUCUAACGGCUCCCCUUUAGGGCUUCUAACGGCUCCCCUUUAGGGCUUCUAACGGCUCCCCUUUAGGGCUUCUAACGGCUCCCCUUUAGGGCUUCUAACGGCUCCCCUUUAGGGCUUCUAACGGCUCCCCUUUAGGGCUUCUAACGGCUCCCCGAUCCCCUUUAGGGCUUCUAGCGGCUCCCCGAUCCCCUUUAGGGCUUCUAGCGGCUCCCCUUUAGGGCUUCUAGCGGCUCCCCUUUAGGGCUUCUAACGGCUCCCCUUUAGGGCUUCUAACGGCUCCCCUUUAGGGCUUCUAACGGCUCCCCUUUAGGGCUUCUAACGGCUCCCCUUUAGGGCUUCUAACGGCUCCCCUUUAGGGCUUCUAACGGCUCCCCUUUAGGGCUUCUAACGGCUCCCCUUUAGGGCUUCUAACGGCUCCCCUUUAGGGCUUCUAACGGCUCCCCUUUAGGGCUUCUAACGGCUCCCCUUUAGGGCUUCUAACGGCUCCCCUUUAGGGCUUCUAACGGCUCCCCGGUCCCCUUUAGGGCUUCUAGCGGCUCCCCUUUAGGGCUUCUAACGGCUCCCCUUUAGGGCUUCUAACGGCUCCCCUUUAGGGCUUCUAACGGCUCCCCUUUAGGGCUUCUAACGGCUCCCCUUUAGGGCUUCUAACGGCUCCCCUUUAGGGCUUCUAACGGGUCCCCUUUAGGGCUUCUAACGGCUCCCCGGUCCCCUUUAGGGCUUCUAACGGCUCCCCGGUCCCCUUUAGGGCUUCUAACGGCUCCCCGGUCCCCUUUAGGGCUUCUAACGGCUCCCCGGUCCCCUUUAGGGCUUCUAACGGCUCCCCGGUCCCCUUUAGGGCCCUGGUCAAAAGUAGUGCACGAUAUAGGGAAUAGGGGGCUACGUCCCAAUUAUCUCUCCUUUCUCCUGUGUGAACUUGUUCUCUUCCCUUCACGGAUUUGAAAGGACAUUUUUGUGGGGAACGAGUGCACCCUUCAGGAGUAAAGGAGAGAUUAUUGGAACGCAGCCAUCCUUGAAGAGGAUGUCUUCUGAUGCCCAGGCACACAUGUGAAAGUAACCUGGGGGUGAGUCUCAAUAGUCUGCCUCCCUCUGUUUGUCUCCUUUCACUUAUUGAGAGACACCCACUGGUUACAUCUCAAAUAGCACCCUAAUUCUCUAUGUAGUGCACUACCCCUAUAGGCCCUGGUCAAAAGUAGUGCACUAUAUAGGGAAUAGGGUGCCAGUUGAGACGCUACCCUGUCAUAUAUGUUUUUUUUGAAACUAGCGUUUCUUAUUGGACAAAAUGAGGUAGUUCACUCCCUGUUUUGUCCCGUUUGGAUCCUAAUGAACACACCCCCGGCCUUAUUUCCCCCUGCCACAAUGUUUGACUGUCUGGACUGAAACACAGAGCACUGUUACGAUGUAGGUGAUUGUACAGUAUGUCAUCUUGCCUUUGUCUGUGAACAUAAUGUUUUUUUCUUCGUAUGAUCUUCUCCUGUACUGUUGGUUUGCAAGUAAACAUCUUUAAAAUACCUUC